GACCCGACAAGCGGCUGAACCUGAAGGCUUCCGGUUUUAGCAAUCAGCGCCAUGGCAGAUGAGUCCCCGGGCGUGGAGUCCCCGGGCGUUGAGUCCCCGGGCGGCGAUUCCCCGCGCUGGUCGAGAGAAGAGAGCAGUGGCAGUACUAGCAGCUUUACCAGGACUAGCAAGAAAGCGGGGGUCAACGCAGACUUCAUCCGUGAACACAGCAUGACACAGGAAAGCGAGACGGCAACGCUCCAGGAGAAGAUACGGAGGAUUCUGAAAAGCUACGCGGUGGUAAACCUCAUGGCCUUUGUUGUUGCGGCAGAUAGCUUCCUUACAUGCGCAUCUGUGGAUGCCAGGGCAGCUACAACCGAGCUUCCAUACGGUUUCUUCUUCCUGUCCAAGCUGUGCCUUUCCCUGUACACCGCUGAACUCCUGCUUGCCUUUUGCGCUAACGGUCUCAAUGUCUGCAAGGAAUGGCUGGGGUUGAUUGACACGCUCAUAGUGGUCGGCGGCUGGGCGGAAGUCAUUGUCGCAGCCGCCGUGCACGCAGAGAUCGCAGUACCACUUGGCCUGCUGCGAAUUUUCCGGCUGCUGCGCAUUGUCCGGGCAGUGCAGCUUCUCAGGCGAGUGCGGAUGUUUAGGGAGCUGUACAAGCUCAUAACGAUGAUGGCAUCUGUUUUUCGCACCCUCUUGUGGUCCUUCCUUCUUUGCUUCAUUGUGAUGACGGCCUUUGCCAUGCUGAUCGUGGAGUUUGUGAACCCGAUUGUUAUCGAUUUGAACGAGAAUUUCGGCACUUUCGAGGACUGCAAAGAGUGCUUGGAAUCAACGGCAACAGUGAUGGAGGCCAACCUGCUGCUUUUUCAGACGGUGAUCGCCGGGGACAGCUGGGGCCAGAUCGCCGUGCCGGUGAUCCAUGCAGCGCCCGCCACGGCCAUGAUCUUCGUGGGAUCCCAGCUGACCCUCGUGUUUGGAGUGCUGAACCUCAUUGUUGCUGUUGUCGUGGACACCUUUGCUGAAGCGAGGCAAAGCGACGUGGAAGCUUUGGCGGAGGACCUGGAAAGCGACCUCCAGACUGACAGGGAGAAGCUCCGAGAAGUCUUCCACCGUAUCGACAAGUCCGGCACCGGAGAGCUGAGCCUCAGCGAGUUGAUCGCCGGCGCCAAGAACGACGCGGUCUUCCGAAGCCGGUUGAGGGUCAUGGACAUUGACGAGAAUGAUUUGCAGCAGCUUUUUCAGAUGAUCGACAUUGACGAGUCGGGUUCGUUGCAGGUGUCCGAGUUUAUUGGCCCGCUCAGCCGAUGGGCUCGCGACUCCAAGACGGCACCGCGCUUCAUCAAGUAUAACUUGAUGCAGUCAAUGCAGAUGCAAGAGGACCUGCUGGAGCUGUCGGACCGACGCUUCACGCGCUUGAGCACGCAGCUGGAAACCUUGGCCAAUCAGCUGUCAGCCGUCACCGGAGGCGAGAGCGAGCCGGAAGGUCUGCUGAUGCCUACUAGUAGUGGCGACGAUUCCUUCAACACUACGGCUUCAAGCUCGCAUGACCAGAUCUCAGCGCCGCAUGCCAGCGGCCAUCCAGAGCUCCUGGAGUCGAAGGAUAGCUCCCAUUUCGCGCUCGAGUCGCAAGCGAGCUUGCCAGUUGACAUCGACGAUCAUGAUUGUCACUCGCGCAGAGCACCCACACUUGCAACUCACUCGUCGGAGAUCAGCCGGAAGAUCGAAGCCGCAAUGGCGCACAUCGACGCGAAGCUGGAGACCUUACUUCACCGAGAAGAGGAGAGGCACAGACAGCCGCAGAGAUUGGCACGAGGACACUCCAAAGACACGUUCCGCGUGAUGUACAUGGAGCAGCCAUGGCACGUCAACGGGGGUGGUAAGCCCCGCUCCAAGGAUUCAGAGCGGACACUUGCGAACAUUUGAUGCGCAGGGACCGAUGGACCAAGGGACCUGGGAUCAAAGUCGACACCUUUGGACCUGGGAUCAAAGUCCCGGUUUGGGCGACUUGACGCAUUCUCGCAGCCCUUGGGCUGCCAAUGCCAUUCUUUUUCAACCGCGAGCCUGGCAAGCCUGAACAAGGUUUGCGAUUCCACAGCGUUGGAACCAAAGGCCCGUUGGCAAGUCCCUUUUUUGGCUAGUCAAGCCACGCAUUCCUGGCAUGAAGCCCCAACGGCUCUCCGCUUGAGGUGCUGGAUCCGCUUUAAGCGGAUGGCUCAUUUCUGCAUUUGGAUCGAGAACUUGGACCCUGGCAAUUGUAGCGGCAUCUUAUACGUUGGUA